UGCGUCACUCCCCCACGUGACUCAGUGACGCUACACGCUUUCCCAGCAUGCAAUGCCCGAGCAAAGAUGGCGGAGGGAGGAGCGGCUGAUCUGGAUACUCAGAGAGGAGAGAUCGCGGCGCUACUGAAAACACAGCUAAGAAAGGGAGACACCUGGUACCUGGUGGACAGUCACUGGUUCAAACAGUGGAAGAAAUAUGUGGGAUUCGACAGCUGGGAUAAAUAUCAGAUGGGGGACCAGAAUGUCUACCCAGGACCGGUUGAUAACUCAGGCCUCCUUAAAGAUGGGGACGUCCUCGCCAUCAAGGAGCACCUCAUCGAUGAGCUGGACUACAUCCUGGUCCCGACGGAGGGCUGGAAUAAGCUGGUCAGCUGGUACGGGCUGACGGAGGGACAGGAGCCUAUCGCACGCAAGGUGGUGGAGCAGGGUAUGUUUGUGAAGCACUGCAAGGUGGAGGUGUACCUGACGGAGCUGAAGCUGUGUGAGGACAGCAACAUGGACAACGUGAUCACCAGACGCUUCAGUAAAGCCGACACGAUAGACAUGAUAGAGAAGGAGAUGAGGAAGCUGUUCAGCAUCCCCGAGGAGAAGGAGACCCGACUGUGGAACAGAUACAUGAGCAACACCUUCGAGCCGCUCAACAAGCCCGACAGCACCAUCCAGGACGCCGGCCUCUACCAGGGACAGGUUCUUGUCAUAGAGCAGAAGAACGAAGACGGCUCGUGGCCACGGGGCUCCACGGCGUCCAAGUCAUCUGGCGCUUCCAAUCUCUCUGCUUUGCCAAAGAUCUCGCCUUCAUCACUCACAAACAGUCAUAACAGCAGCUUCAACAGCAGGAACGUGAAGAAUUCCAGCUACAGUCUGCCGUCCUACCACCCCUACACCAACAGCUACGACUACUCCGACCAGAGCAGACCCAGCGAGCGCUCAGGACUCUGCGGAUUAUCCAACUUAGGGAACACCUGCUUUAUGAACUCUGCUGUGCAGUGUUUAAGCAAUAUUCCUCCGCUGACGGACUACUUCCUCAAAGACAAGUACACGGACGAGCUCAACGAGGACAACCCGUUGGGGAUGAAGGGGGAGAUCGCGCGGGCCUACGCUGACCUCAUCAAGCAGCUGUGGUCGGGCAAGUACAGCUACGUCACGCCGAGACCCUUUAAGACGCAGGUGGGCCGCUUUGCGCCGCAGUUUUCCGGCUACCAGCAGCAGGACUCCCACGAGCUUCUCGCCUUCCUCCUGGACGGCCUUCACGAGGAUUUGAACCGCAUCAGGAAGAAGCCAUACAUCCAGCUGAAGGACGCCAACGGCCGACCUGAUAAGGUCGUGGCAGAAGAGGCGUGGGAGAACCACAUAAAGAGGAACGACUCCAUCAUCGUGGACAUUUUUCACGGCCUGUUCAAGUCCACCCUCGUUUGUCCUGUCUGCUCCAAGGUUUCCGUGACCUUCGACCCCUUCUGCUACCUGACGCUGCCACUCCCCAUGAAGAAGGAGCGGACCCUGGAGGUCUACCUGGUCAGACUGGACCCGGUGGCCAAACCCACACAGUACAAGCUGACCGUGCCAAAGGUGGGCUGCAUCUCCGACCUUUGCACCGCCCUCUCCAACCUGUCCGGAGUGCCUGCUGAGAAGAUGAUCGUCACCGACAUUUACAACCACCGCUUCCACCGGAUCUUCGCCACCAACGAGAACCUCAGCAGCAUCAUGGAGAGAGACGAUAUUUAUGUUUUCGAGGUGGCGGUGAACCGACUAGAAGACACGGACCACGUGGUGAUCCCGGUCCACCUGAGGGAGAAGUACAAGCAGUCGGGCUACAAUCACACCAGCACGCCGCUGUUCGGCCAGCCUUUCCUCAUCGCCGUGCCCAGAACUCUGAGCGAGGACAAACUCUACAACAUGCUGCUGCUGCGCCUCUAUCGGUUUGUGCGAUCUUCUGUGGAGGAAGAUGAGGACGACUGCGAGGAAACGCAACCAUCCAAACCACACACCGUCAACGGAAACGCUACCAACGGGCUGCUGGAGGAGGGGUCGCCAAGCGAGAUGGAGACCGACGAGCAGGACGACGAGUCCAGCCAGGACCAGGAGCUGCCGUCCGAGAACGACAACAGCCAGUCCGAGGACUCGGUGGGCGGAGACAACGAGUUGGAGAACGGCGUGGUCGGCCCGCAGAUCCCCACCAAAGGCCAGCAGACAGUCGGACACAACAGGAAGAGGCUUUUCACAUUCCAGUUCAACAACAUGGGCAAGACGGACUUCUCUCUCAUCAAGGAAGACACCAGACAAAUCCGCUUUGACGAAGGUCACCUCCGGCUCAGCGACCGCUCUUAUCUCUCUUUGGACUGGGAACCAGAAGUCAAGAAGAAAUAUUUUGACGAGACGAUUGUCGAGGACUUCGAUAAACAUGAGAGCAUGGAGUACAAACCUCAGAAGAAAGCUUUCUUUAAGCUAAAAGACUGCAUCGAACUGUUCACCACCAAGGAGAAGCUGGGAGCAGAAGACCCAUGGUACUGUCCAAACUGCAAACAGCACCAACAGGCUACCAAGAAGCUGGACUUGUGGUCUCUGCCACCGGUGUUGGUGGUCCAUCUGAAGCGCUUCUCAUACAGUCGCUACAUGAGGGACAAACUGGACUCACUGGUUGACUUCCCACUCAGAGACUUGGACAUGUCUGAAUUCCUGAUCAAUCCCAACGCCGGGCCAUGCCGCUACGACCUCAUCGCUGUCUCCAACCACUACGGGGGAAUGGGAGGAGGCCACUAUACUGGUUAUGCUAAAAACAAAGACGACGGAAAGUGGUACAACUUUGAUGACAGCAGCGUGUCGCCCGCCAGUGAGGAUCAGAUCGUGUCCAAAGCGGCGUACGUGUUGUUCUAUCAGCGGCAAGACACGGUGAAAGGCACCGGCUACUUCGCCCUCGACCGCGAGGAGGAAGACGAGGACGAAGAGGAGGAGGAUGAAGCUGAAGAUGUGGAAAAUGAGACCGGGGAGAAGCUGGAGAGAAAACCCGUCUCCUCCAGUCAGGGGGCUUCAUCCGCCGCCUGCACCUCCACCCAGAGCGACGAGGAGGAUCUGAACGAGAACAGGCACAGGAAGAACGACAACGACCAGGCGGACGACGAAGAAGAGGAAGAGGAGGAGGAGGACGAAGAAGAAGAGGAAGAGGAGCAGGUACCUAACAGGGACGUAACAAUGAAAACCAACUGAGGAAAGCGGAUAAUAAGGAAUGGGAUUGUGAAGACACACAAGCGCCGGCGGAGAAGCACCUCCUCGACAUCCGACCCUGUGGGUGGAUCCCUGAAGGGGCGACGCCCCCUUCCGUCUGCUCAGACAUCCACUUUUUUUUUAUUAAUCCCAACAGAGCGUCAUAUCCUUUUUAAAUGUAUUUAGGUUUUUGUAAAUAUUUUAAACACUGAAGUUUUUCAUGAUGCGCUGAAAAUUUUUUUUUUUAACUUGCACAAUCACCAACCAUUUUUAAGAAAAAAAAAUGUGUUCAUGCCAGACGUACUGCAGUUGUUUACGGACAACGUUAAGAGCUUUUCCAGAUCAUCACACAGAAGCUCGUCAUGUUUUAUAAGCUGUCUAAAGCCAAACUGUCCAGGGUUCGUGUUCGUGCUGCUGCUGUGAUCUUGCGUUUUUAGGAAGAUUACCAGUAUCCUGGUGUCCGCCUUAACCAUCGCCCCGCCCCUGUCAAUCAACCCCACCCCCCUCGAGGCUGUUUCUAAGCAAUCUUUGUUUCCGACUCUCACUCGGACUAAACUCUGUGGCUUCGUCUGUAUUUUCUUGGGGAUGGAUUUGGAGAACAUCGGUGAUGUCGCUCGUUUGGAUCACCUCGGCCUUAAAUCUCAACUGGAGGUUUUUUCUUUUUUUUUUUUUUUCGUGUUUCACACCUGUCGUUCUGAACACAAACAAGCUUAUUGUAGGAAUGUCGCACCCACACGAGGGCCAGAAUGUACGCCGAGUGGACUCAGACCACGUGUAUAUGACCGAUGCCUUUUAGAAUUUUCCUUUUCUUUUUCUUGCUUCUUUGAGGUUUUUUUGGUUGAAUGAGAAUUCUUUGCGUUUGCUGACUGGAUGAAUUUGUGUGUAAUAAUGCUCCUAAACUUCAAAACGGGAGUCUAAACUGAAAAAAAAAGGUGGGGUGAGUCCUCCUAAAAGGGUUUCUAUAGCUUUCAGGAUCAUGAACAGUCGCGGCCGGUCUUUUUCCAUCGACUCAUGCUAACAUCUGGAUUUUUCUUUUUCUACGCGUUUUCUCGACUGCCUCAGACGUUUCGCUACGCAGACGUCUACCAUGCCUUCACCAGCUUCGAUGUCUGGGCUCCGCCGGCUCAGCGCUGCCUUGCUUUUAGGCCGACUCGCCCCACCCUGACCGAGUGAGACGUGAUUGCUACUCAUACAAUAUUGUACAGAAGAGUUCACUCUGUGAGUGCACAUUUGAUAAAGUUUAUUUAUUUAUAUGUAAGCAUUUCUUAAUAAACGAUAUAUUUAAAACCUUGGCAAGACCCUGGACCGUCUGGAGAACAUUCUCGCCGUCUUGCCAGGGAGGGAAUAUUUUUUAAGAGAAUGGUUCUGUUGUUUGGGGACUGUGUUCUUUUGUAAAAAAAAUAAUAAUAAUUAAAUCAAUGCAGACAUCCUUGCAUGAUGAUAUAUUGGGGUUUGCAGGUGUGGCUGCACUUGAGUUCACUUGGGUUUACAUUACAAAUGUGCAUGUGUAUUUAUACACAAUCUUCAAUAAAGUUGUGUAAAGCUUCCUGCA